AAUCGCGCUGUGGACGUUCUUAAUUUUAGCGUCGUCGUCGUGCGCGAGAGGGAGUUGCAGACAUGAAACAAACGUGGAUCUCACAAAGUCUCCGGAACAUGAGCAAACUCACCUUGCCGCUUUUCCUGUUGGCCCUGUGCUUUCUCGCCGGUGAAACUGUUAACCCAUGUUGCUCAGAGCCAUGCCAGAACAGGGGCGUCUGCACACCACUGGCCUCAGAAAAAUACGAGUGUGACUGCACACGCACGGGGUACUAUGGGCAAAACUGCACAACACCUGAGUUCUUCACCUGGAUCAAAGUGUCUCUGAAGCCAACACCCAACACAGUCCACUACAUCCUGACCCACUUCAAGGGUUUCUGGAACAUCGUCAACAGCAUCUCAUUCCUCAGGGAUGCCAUCAUGAGAUAUGUGCUGACAUCCCGAUCCCACAUGAUUGACAGUCCUCCAACUUAUAAUGCUGAUUACGGCUAUAAGAGCUGGGAAGCCUACUCCAACCUUUCCUACUAUACGCGCUCCCUCCCCCCUGUGCCGCAGGAUUGCCCAACGCCUAUGGGAGUAGUAGGCAAAAAGGAGCUACCUGAUGUUAAAGUGCUGGCUGAGAAGCUCUUAAUGAGGAGACAGUUUAUACCAGACCCGCAGGGCACCAGUUUGAUGUUUGCCUUCUUCGCACAGCACUUCACCCACCAGUUCUUCAAAUCUGACAUGAAGAGAGGGCCUGCUUUCACUGUUGCUAAGGGUCAUGGGGUGGACCUCAACCACAUCUACGGUGACAACCUGGAAAAGCAGCACAAGCUGAGACUCUUCAAGGAUGGCAAGCUGAAAUAUCAGAUGCUCGAUGGAGAGAUGUACCCCCCUACAGUUAAGGAAGUGGGUGUCACGAUGCAUUACCCCCCUCACGUCCCAGAUUCUCACCGCUUCGCUGUCGGCCACGAGGCAUUUGGCCUGGUCCCUGGUCUGAUGAUGUACGCCACCAUCUGGCUCCGCGAACACAACCGUGUGUGCGAUGUGCUGAAAGAGGUCCACCCAUACUGGGAUGACGAAAGACUCUUCCAGACCGCACGGCUCAUCCUAAUCGGUGAGACCAUCAAAAUCGUGAUUGAGGACUACGUGCAGCAUCUGAGCGGCUAUCACUUCAAACUCAAGUUUGACCCCGAGCUGCUCUUUAACCAGCGCUUCCAGUACCAGAACCGCAUUGCAUCUGAGUUCAACACCCUUUACCACUGGCACCCUCUGAUGCCCGAUAGUUUCCACAUUGAGGAGACAGAUUACAGCUACAAGCAGUUUGUCUUCAACACCUCUGUCGUGACCGAGCACGGCAUCAGCAACCUGGUGGAGUCCUUCACCAAUCAGAUUGCCGGACGGGUUGCUGGUGGUCGAAAUGUCCCCGGACCCAUCUUGUAUGUGGCCAUUAAAUCCAUAGAGAACAGCAGACAAAUGCGUUACCAGUCCCUCAACGCCUACAGGAAACGAUUCUCCAUGAAGCCCUACAUGUCUUUCGAAGACCUGACAGGGGAGAAAGAAAUGGCUGCGGUGCUGGAGGAGCUGUACGGGCACGUCGAUGCUGUGGAGCUCUACCCGGGCCUGCUGGUGGAGAAGCCCAGACAUAACGGCAUCUUUGGGGAAACAAUGGUGGAGAUGGGGGCUCCUUUCUCCCUCAAGGGCCUAAUGGGAAAUCCCAUCUGCUCCCCGGAGUACUGGAAGCCCAGCACCUUCGGAGGCACAGUCGGCUUCGACGUGGUCAACACCGCCUCGCUCCAGAAGCUGGUGUGCAGUAACGUGCGGGGUCCCUGCCCCGUGGCGUCCUUUCAUGUGCCCGAUGUUAAAGAGACCGGGUCCAUGAUCAUCAACUCAAGCACGUCGCAGUCGCAGGGCAGCGACAUCAACCCCACCAUUAUUUUGAAAGAAAGGACUACUGAGCUCUAAUUUUAUUUAAGAGUGUUGUUGUUGUUGUUGUU